AUGGAUAACCGAGAGUUUUCUAACAGCUCUGGUGGAAAGAACAAAUUCUUACAAACGAAAGUAGAAGCAUGUGUCAAUAGUUUACAAGAAUUACUAGAUACUGAGGCGGCCAGAUCGAUUUCGACCUUUGCGGGCAAGACUGGAUCAAACAAAGUUUGGUUAGAGGAAUUAAGUGCUGAAUAUAAGUUGAAACCUGACAGGAAACUUGAUGCAAUAGGUGAAUUAUACGCGCAACAAUUGAAACAGUUGGAUGAUUUGGAGGAAAAAUCCUUUAUUAUGAAAAUUUAUGUGAUGAAGUUGAAGAGUUUCAAAAAGAAUUGA